AUGGGAGCAAAAUGUUCUUUAGCAUGUGACGAUUCAGGAAGAAGAAACAUAGGUUACAAAUUCUUUGAAUUAGUUGGUACUGGAGGAUUUAGCAAAGUAUGGAAAGUUCAAAAAGAUGGAUAAACUUCAUUUAGAGCACUAAAAUAAAUGGUUAAAUAUAGAAUUAUGUCUAAAAAUAGUGUUGAGGCAAUAUUAAAUGAAAGAUAAAUACUUGAAAAUUUAGAUCAUCCGUUUAUCAUCAAUAUGUAUAGUGCAUUCUAAGAUAAAUAUAAUUUAUACUUGAUUAUGGACUACUUACCUGGUGGAGAUCUUAGAUAUCACAUUAAGUAAACAAAGAUAUUUUCUGAAUAAAAUGCAAAAUUUAUGAUGGCAUGUACGCUAGUUGCGUUAGAGUACGUCCACUCUAAAAAUAUUAUUCAUAGGGAUAUAAAGCCUGAAAACUUAGUUUUUGAUUCUUAAGGUUAUUUGAGAUUGACAGAUUUCGGAAUUUCAAGAUAUACCAAAACUGAUAAUUCAAACGAAACAAGUGGAACUCCUGGAUAUUUAGCUCCUGAAACUUUAAUGAGACUAAAUCAUGGAAAAGAAUCAGAUUUUUUUGGGCUUGGAGUUGUAUUAUUCGAAUUAAUAAAAGGAUAUAGGCCAUAUAAUGUUAGAUCAAGAAAGGAAAUGAGAGAUAAAAUUUUUGAGAAAGAAAUUUAACUUGAUCCUUCACAUGAUCAUGGGGAAGUUUCUGCAAACUGUAUUGACUUGAUAAAUAAAUUAAUAAAAAUAAAACCAUUUAAACGAAUCGGCUGUAAUGGUAUUGAGGAAAUAUUUAAACACCCUUGGUUUGAAGGAUAUGAUUGGGAAUCUUUAAGAAACAAAACAUCAAAAGAUGUGUUUUUCACACCAAAAGAAGGUACAAAUUAUAGCAGAAAACCUAGAAUUGAAACAGAAACAUGUGACGAGGAUAGAAAAAAUAAAGAUUUGUUAAGUAAAAAUGAGUAUUAAUGUAAGCUUAUUCGUUUUUUAUUAUAAAUACUAACAUUUAAAAUAAUUUUUCAAUAGUAUUGUUCAAAGAUUAUGACUAUAAUAUUCCAAUAAAAGAAGUAUCAACAGUUAAUAAUUUAAAUAAUUUAAGCAGUAACGAAUAAAAUCCUUAAUCUAGUUUAUCUUAAUAUAACCAUCUUGACGACCAUAAUUGAAAACUCUCUUUAUUUAUUCCUAAAAUACUGA